AUGAAUAAUCUAGGGCGCCGGAAUAAACCACUGUCAUCAACACCAAUGUCUAUGGGACAAGAUAAAAAACCUAGUACAAUGGUUCUAAACUUGGACAAGGUUUCUAUUAGAGAAGAUGAGCAUUUAUUGGUCAACGAAAUUCAAAAAGAAGUUCCUAUGAAAUAUCAAUUAAAAUCAUUAGAAGAACCAGCUUUAUCACAAAGACUAAAUCAAUUAUCUGUGACUUCUCAUCACACACCUGAACAUCUCAUUAGUGUUCAUGAAGAUGAUGCGGAAAAUAUCCCCUAUUAUCUAUCAAAAGAAAGUGAAUCUUUUCAAAAAAUGACCGGCAAUUUAUCAUCCAAUGAAUUAGUCGAAAAAUUACGGCAAAUGGCUAUUUUGAUACACCAACUAUUUAUGAUCGAUUUAGAAAAAUCACUUUGGUCCACUUAUUUGAAGUCCGGUACAGGCCAACUCCCGGUAAAUCAAAUGGAUAAUGAUCAUCUUAGUCAUCCACAUCUUUGGCCCAUUGAAGUGCAAAAACUUAUGCGUCAACAAUCACUUGAUAGCACCGAUUCGGCAGCAUGUUUAACUUAUGUCACACAACAUCUUGAUGAAUUAAAUGAUAAAAUGAAACAAUAUCAAACCAAAUAUAAUAUGAUGAAAAACCAAUACUUCAAUUAUCUACCAACCAUUCAAACAUUUGUUCACCAACAACUUGAAUCUGCUCGAUUGGCCACCGAACAACAAAUUGCCAUUGUUCACUAUCAUUAUAUAGAUCAUGUGUUUGAAUUAAAAUUUCUAGCAUGUAAUCCAACUCGACAGCAGAAACAAAUUGUUCAAAAAUUGGAUGAAGCAAAAUAUCAACAAGAAAAGACUCAAGCAGAGUAUAAUUUAUUGACCUAUCGAAUUUCCAUGGACAAAUCAUCGGCAAGAUCUCUCGAGUUACCUCGAGAAAAAUUUUUCAAAACUAUCGAAGAUGAAUCGAUUCGACAAAAACUACAUGACCAAUAUGUGAACAUAGCACAACAAGCCAAAAAAGAUAUGAUACAAUUAUGUGUCUCUACGGCUCAAACUCAAAAAGAUCAAUCUGCAAAAGAAUUCAAUACUAGAUUAGAACAAUUCAAACUCAAACAACAAUCAUUACCACAUCAUAAACAAUUCACCAGCAACAUGAUUAAUUUAAUAGAAGAACAUUGGAAACAGAUCAGUGCAAGUGUAGAAUCUGCUUAUACAUAUAAACUUGAUUUGAUGCGUUUAACUUUUGUACAUAAUUAA